GUCAUGUUCAACAUUACACAAGCAGCGUCCGCGCCUGUUACACCCUCCUGGCGUUAUACAACCUCUGAUAUAACACCUGACUUAACCGUGAUCCAUCACUAACACGCAAGGAAUCAGCUGCAGUGUGUGAGUCGCAAAGAUGCUGAGGACUAUGGGUAAAAUGAUGUUUGGAAGCUGGGAGAGUCCUAAGUUUACUCUUCAGGAAAGCAAGGCUGAUGACUAUGAGGUGAGGACCUAUCACACCACUAACUGGGUCAGUACUACAGUCAGUGGAAUGGAUCAGGACGAGGCUUUAAGCACUGGCUUUAAGAGACUCUUCAAAUACAUCCAGGGGACUAAUGAGAAGCAGGUUACCGUGGACAUGACUGCCCCAGUAACCUGUCAUAUUAACCCUGGAGCCGAGCCGGCAUGUGAGGGCUCCUUUACUGUGGCCUUUUACGUCCCUGAGGCACACCAGGCUGAGCCCCCUAAACCCAGCAUCCCUGAAAUCUUCGUCGAGAACAGGAAGGAGUUCACCGUGUUCGUCAGGACCUUCGGAGGCUUUGCAAACGCUCAGAACUCCCAUGAUGAAAUGCUUAAGCUGAUGGAGAGCUUGAAGAGGGAUGGAAAGAGCUUCAAAGAGGUUCCUUACUACCGCGUGGGCUACGACAGCCCCUUCAAGCUUGUUAACCGCAAGAACGAAAUCUGGCUCGAACAGGAAGAGAGAAAAGAGUAAAUCAGUGCGUCCUUUACAUAAUGCAUUAAAAAAGGUCAAAUUUCGGGGUUUGGAUUUUAUAAUUUCUGUUGUCGUGCCUUUAUGUCCGUAAGUGCCUGUCUAGAAAGGAAGUCCAAACAUAAUUCAAUAAUUCCAUCAGUACUGCAGACAUCCUACAGUAUCCGUGUCUACAUUCUCCUUUUUUAUUGUGUCUGUGUGCUUUUGCUUUACAUGGGGUGAAUUAUUAAAUAUUUCCUUUUGUUCCUUAAUUAGCCAGAUGAGAAAAUGCAGGAAGCAGGUGUUAGCCUUUGCCGUCUCUGGCUGGUAGCUAUUGUGGGAAAGGAAAGAGAGAGUUACCCGCUGGCUGAGAAUUGGCAAAUGACCAAAGUGGGAAGAUAAUGUUAGGGGAAACGGUCCAGUACAGCUUUCAUUGGGUAUCAGUCAUGCAGACAUGAUGUCAAGAUUGUGUUUUCACAUUAGAUGGUGUGUUUACCAGCAUACUACUAAAGGUCAGGGAUAUUCAGUAUAUUCAAUAUGCAUGUAUAUUAAUCUGGCUGGCUAUAACUGUUCUGUGAUGACAUUGUAUGAUUAAUUAGAGAGCUGAACUGAAAGCAGUGCAAAAGUGGACAUAAAGUUCCUUUUUGUGGGUCAUUUAAAUUGCACAUAUUGGUAACUCUUCUACAUUCCAUAAUCAAUCAUCAGUUGGGCAUAUAAUGAAAUACAAAUGUAAGUCGCUCUGGAUAAAGCCGUCUGCCAAAUGCCUAAAUGUAAUGUAGUACAGUGCUUCUUUGAAGUCUGUCAUAAUAUAAAUAUUACCAUAGGUGUUGGUUGUUAUAAAUUUUCCUGCUCUGCACAUCAACUGUAAAGUUUUUCACCCUGAAAGGAAGUGUAAUGUAAAUUAAUUUUACUCUUUUCUUUCCUUAUGUUGUUGACUAUAGGGGAAGAGUUAGUCUGUCACACUAUGUGUAAAAAAAUAAAAUAAAAAGCAAAGUCCACUUUUGCACUGUGUUCGGUACAGCCCUUGUAUUAGAGUUUACACUACUCACACCGCCUGUUAGUCAGGGAGAAUAAUUAUUUGUAUCCAGUUAAAAAACAAGACAGGGUUCGUGAUCACUUGUCUGAUUUUGCUCGACUGUGGCCAGGCACUACUCCUCAAUCAUCAUAUAACCAAUUAAUGUGAACACUAUUACAUUCCUUUUUCUUCCAGGUUAAGUCCUAUUACUAUGUACUAUGAGACUGCACUCUUUGUCAUUUCAAGUCUUUAAUCAUCAUUUCAUAAGUGAAAUUGAUUCAUUAAAUGUCGACACCUUCUACAACAAUAAAUGAUUAUUGGAAUGAAAUGUUUAUAAUGUUUAAUCAUUCUAUAUUAAAUAUGACUGUUUUAUUUGUUCAA